AUUCAUUCCUAAUCACAACUAAGACUUAUAAAUAAUCAGAAAGCAUGUAAUCUGCUUAACUUGAGUGUAGACUCAAUACGAUCUCUUGAAAUACAGAGUUACUAAAGAAAAAGUGAAAAGUAAAUGCCAGGAAGCAAUCACAGACAAACAGCAUGUUGCAUACCUUACUAGGAAGGUAACUAGUCUUUAAACAAAACAUAGUAUACUUAAAAAUCCCUAAUUCACUGAUUCAUUUAUGGCUUCAAAUUGUUAUCCACCAGUGAGUGUUUUACACUUUAAUAUCAAAGGAAUUCCUAUUCAUAUAGAUCUCAACAGCCAGGCACAGUUACUACUCUAUAAAACAUAUUUUCUGUAAGUUGUGUGUCUGGAUAGACUACAUUAUUGUUAAAACGAAACUGUGAUUGGUUGUAGAACACAGUCUUUCCAAAGACACUGUUUCCCUCCCAUUCCACUUUUUGUCUACCUCUUACUUUCUUGUAAAUCUAAAGUAGACAUCUCCUUGCUCGUGCCAACAGUCUCAAACCCCACCCCCACAUCAUGAGAAGAAAAAAAGUUUUGGAAUCAUGUUGGGUAUUAAUUAGGGGAUGGUGGGGGAGGUUGGAUACUCCAUCGGUUAAUGGUAUAUAAAAAGAGCUGUUGGGGUUGCAGUUUUGUCAGUGUCAGGAUAUUUAGUGGUAUCAUCAGCAAUAUCUGUACUGGGAAUGUCUUCUUGAUUGACAUCAGGUGUCAUUAACCAUAGGAUACAUUCCAAUCAGGAUAUCAAUAUUCUUAAAUUCACACAUUUUAUCUAAAUUGAUUUUGCGAUGGAAUUCAGACAAUUUAUUUUGCGUUGUGGUGUAGUUCUUAGUUGUUUUCUUCAGUUUUUGCCAUGGAGUGAGGCCUGUAAUUGCCUUGUAAAUCACCCACAAACUAAAUAUUGUUUCUCAGACUUUGUGAUCCAGGCGAGAGUUUUAGAGAGGAAGAGAAUCGAACAUCCAGACAAAUCUCGUCCUAUCAAUUAUCGUUUCUUGAUUGGUUAUCGAGUACGAAUCCUUGGUAUAUUCAAGGGAGGUGAUUACUUAGGUGAUGUAGAGGAAGAAUGGAUUCACUCUCCCGAUGCUGGUGGACUAUGUGGUGUUACUGGGCUUGUAAGGAAUGGUGAAUACCUGCUUUCAGGUCGUUAUACUAGGGACAUCUUCUAUAUGACAUACUGUGAUAUGUGGUCAGAAUGGGAUAAGUUAACAGAAGAACAAUUAUACGGCAUGACAUCCAUAUACAACGAUAACUGCAAAUGCAGGAUAAGAGGCGUAAUUGGAAUCAUCAACAUAGACACACAUUCUAAAGACAGUUAUACAGCUUCUUAUGUGGAUAAAUCACCUCUUUGGGAUGAUGGAAGUUGUCGUUACAACCCGGUUGCAUCUUUAUUUUACAAGUCUCAUGACUGUGAGACCAUGUACAGUCACUGUAUAUGGGCCAAUGAUACUUGCUUGUGGGAACCUUCAAGAGAUUACAACCUUUGCUACCAGGCUCGUGAGGCAAUGUGGAGACAUCGUCAUACUAACAAGUAUUUACCUGCGAAUGUACCUAAACGUAGACUAAGGUGCAAGAAUACUUCAAAAAGAUUUGUUAGGCGCUGUGCAAAUGCUUACGAGAGGAGAAUGCAGAAGAGACGUCUUGCUCAAGGCAAAAGACCACCUGUGAAAUACAUUGAACUUUUACUUAAUGGAUACACAACAAAUUCAACAAUCACAACAUCAACUGCUUUAAUGGGAUGAUUACUACAAAAAAAUGAAACUGUUUCUUAUAUCUGACCAUUCUUCAAUUUGGUAGUUUAAGAUAAAUCAGUGUGAAAAGACUUGUCAAGAAUGAAAACUUCAAAGCAUUCAAAAGAAAAUAUGUGUACAUACUAUUCAAGUGCAUCUUGUGUAUUGAGUGAUAAGUAUGAUGAUAAACAUCACUUGUAUAGUGUGGUUUUUCUGUAACCCCCCCCCAAAAAAAAAACAUUCAAAUGUGCUGGCUCUCCAAAAUGUCAAAUAUUAUUCAGUUGCUGGAAAAGAUUACCUGAAGGUCUCAUUUUUGUUACCAUCACAAAGUUGGAUGGGCAGAUAAUUUAACAGACAUGGAGCAACUAAUGACAAAGUUAAUUUAGUAUUUACAUAUCAAUAGAUCAAGGAGACAGUAAGGUAUACCUGAGAAUGCUCAAUUUGGACUCAUUACUACAAAUUAAUCAAAUUAAUAUGAAGAAAAACAAUGUGAGUCAAUUCCAAUUAUUAGUAGUAUAAACCACUACAAUGUGAAUUAAAGCACCCUUUCCUUAAAGUCCAAUGAAUUAUUAGACCUUACUAAGUGUACACAUAAUAUUUGUUGCAAUGAAAUCUGCAUGAAUUAUGGAUAUCAAUAUUAAAACUAUUAUCAUUAUCUGUUGUGAAAAAUAAUAAGUUUCACCAUAUUUUCACUUUGCUUUAAAGACCCUCCAAAAAUUCAUGAAAUAAACUCUUAAUGCUUUCCAAUGCAGUAGAUACUUUGUCAAGUCAAAAUUAUGUAAAUGUAAAUCAAUUUUAAUGAAAUUAUUUGAUUCUCAAGGCCCUGUCAUAUUGUAAGGCUUGCGUGUGAAUUUUGGAUGACUAGUUUUGCUACCCACAGGUCGCCUGUAGGUCACCCGCAUUGACUUGCAUGUAUUUCACAUGCAGUUGCCUGCAGAAGUGCACGCAAGUCUAAUUUGUAUGCAGAAAUGUUUGAACAUGCUCAAAACUUUGUUGUUGCUGGUGAUUUCCUGCAACUCACCCGCAAUGCUUGCAUGGAACAAUAGGACAGGCAGUGUAAAACUAUCAUAUCUGCUUAAUUCAGCAGUGAUUUAAAGUGUGUAUUAUUUCAUACAAACCCUGUAUAUCUUUAUCAUUAUUUCACUGCCGAAUAAUCUCAGCCAUCAUUCUAUUGUAAUGAGUUUGCAGUACUACAUCAAAUUUAGUUUGAUUUUCAAUGAAUCUGUUGAUGUUACAGUAAUAAAUUUAAGAUGUGAAUUGAGAAACUUUUAAGGAUCAGAUAGACUUAAAAUCAGAAUUUGUUGGCACAUAUAUCUGUUUUCAUUUACCUGGAAUGUGAUGUUUGAAUAAAACCUUCCAUAGAAAAAGUAUUCAAAAUUUAUCAUUUCUAAGUCAAAAAUUUAUGACUGUCUUGGUAUAAAGGUUACAUAAAUAUUCACAAAAUAUGCAUACUUAAUUACAUGAAAAAAAUAACAAAACUAAAAUGCUAUGGUGAUUUUAACUCUACUUAAAUUUAGGUUAUGAUGAAAUGUCUUUUUUUUACAAAGAAAUUUAAUUCAUUGUAAAUCUACUUAAAAGAUUUUAGGAGAAAUAAAUUCGUACAUUUUAUCACCAGAUCUAAAUCACAGAAAUCCUAAUCCAUGAAAUGUUCAAGUUAAAUGGAUUAUUUUACAAUAUUAUGUCACAAUAUCUUUAAGAUAAUCUAGAAAUAUGCACGGUUCCAUUUUAGUACAGUAAGGAACAUAACAAAUUGCAGGUCUUUCUACAAAUUUGUAGGGCUUUACUCUUCGUAAAAUAAUUGGGUGUUAAGUAGUAUAAGUAGUAUUAGAAGAUAUACAUGUAUAUAUAAUAGUGCAUUAACAUCUUUUUCCAAAGGGAAAUCUGCCAUAGUAGUGAUUUUAUAAAGAGUUGACUUGUAAUUACUGCAAGAUUUCCACUAUAUACUGUAUAAAUGUACAACCAGGUAAAAUAUCUUAUAUUACCCCCACUCACCCAUUAGCUUGAAAAUAAUAUUCUCAUAUGAAAUUGAAUAAUUUAUGCCUGUUUAGUGCUUCAUUCUGCAAAUUAAUUUGAGAAUUAUGACUCCAGCAUCUAUAUCUUCUCAAAAGUCAUUUCACCAAUUCAGAAUUAACAGCAAAGCAGGAGAUCAUUCUGUGCUGUGCAAUCGCAUUGCCAGCAACUUAGUUAAUUUUUCAAAUACAUAUAUAUGCCUAUUAGAAGA